AAAAUGAAUCAUAUUAACUAAUGUAAUUAUAAAGUAUUGUCAAAAUGAUCACAAUUAAAUAGCUUUAAAUAAUAUUCACCUGUAAAAACAUUUUAUAAGUGUAUUUGGGUUAAAAAAAAAUUGUUAAGCAAACGAAAAUAAACAUUUUCUCCCUGCAGUAAAGAAGUUUCAACUCAGAAUUUCGAAGAUGAAAAUUAUGUUGUCUAUUGAUUUUAUAAACACUGUCUAUUAGUUGUAGCAGAAAGCAUUAUAGUUUUAUAGAAAAUACACGAAAAUAAGAAGAAUUUCUGUUAACUUAAACAAUGUUAUUUUGCGGAGGGUUAUUGUAUAAAUGAAUUAGAUAAAAGUUGAUCUGUAUGUGAAAUGCAAGUACUGAAUUAAACAAAACAAUUUUAUUUACAUUUUGUGGCCACUAAUAAUAUAAUGUAUUGUUUAUUCCAAGUUGAACUUAUCAUCCAUGAUGUAUUGAUAUUAACAAUAAUACACCAUGUACCUAUUUCCUAGUGAUAUAAACAUUUUACUUUACUGUAUGUAUGAUAUUUACAAUUUAGGAAAUGUUUAAAUAAAUAUAAAAAAUUUCAUUUAUAAUUAACAAUAACAUUCUGAAACAACAGAAAUUUAAUAUGGAUAACCAACAUCAAAGUUUGAGUUGCAUGGAUAAAACGAUAACUUUACAAAUAACAUCAGCUAAUGGAUUUGGUUUGCUUAGAGGAUCUGUUGUAAUACAUGCAACGUUCAUGAAGCAAAAAAUUAUAACACCUGAAAUUCCAGUACAUCAAAAUGAAUUGAAAAUUACCUCAGAUAUUAUAUGGUACAUGGAUAAUGCUACAUUAAAAAAGUCAAAAAUGUCUAAUACAUCUAUAAAAAUUGAGUGCUUCCAUAUUCCAACAAACAAAUCUAGUUCAAAAGAAAUGCUUGGUUAUUUAUUAUUAAAAGUGAAAGGGGCACAAACUAUUAAUCCAACAUCCAAUGACCGUAUAGAAAAUAAAACAUACAAAUUAAUAGGUUCAAAAAUUGGUAGUUAUCAUCUUAAUUUAUCAUUACGAAUUGAAGAUUAUAAUGGUAAAGCUAUUGACAAAUCAAAUGAAAAAAUAAAAAAUUUAAAACCGAAGAUUAAAGACAAUUUGAAAAAAGAUGAAAUUAAAUGUUUUGAAGAAAACGUUGAAAUAGUUUUACCAAAAUCUGUUGUAAAUAAUUUGUCAGAACAAAUAAAAAGUUUACCUGAAAAUAAUAAUUCCCAAAAGAUAUUCACGUGUAUUCAACAAAAAUUAAUUGAAGAAUUAGAAGAUUGGAAGGACAAACAAAUGCUGUUAUUUAAUGAAAAGAUAAAAACAAAAGAAGAACUACUAUUAAGAGAUUUGAAAAAUAAAUGGUCAGAUGAUAGAAAACACACCGAAGAGAAACUAACCCAUGCUAUGUCAAAAUGUAAAGAAUUAGCUAAAGAUUUGGACAAAAAGUCUAAUUUGUUAAAAGAAAGGGAUUCUAUAGUUACAGCUAAAGAACUAGAAGUUACCUGCCAAAAAGAUAGUAUGGAAAAUAAAUACAUUGCUUUAGUCCAAAAUAUACAGUCUUCCAAUACGCAAACAAUUAAUGAAUUGAAUAAUACAUUUUCUAAAUUGGAAGCUAAAUUGCAUAAAUCAGAAAAAUUUAAUAUUCUAUUGAAAAAAGAAAACGAAGCCCUGAAAUAUGAUGUCGAUACCAAUUGUGGAUUACUAGUACAAGAGUUAGAGAAAAAAAUUUCAAAUUUAGAGUAUAAAAUUGAAGAAGCCAAUAAGUCUUGUAAGUUCUUCAAAGAGCGGUGGAUAGCGUCUGUAAGAAAAAUUAACCAAAUGUACACAAAAUUUCAUGAAAAUAAAACCAAUAAACAUUUGCUUAACAAUAAACAAAAUAUUCAAAACAUAUUAACUAACCAAUUAGAAGAACGGCAACAAGACGAACAACAAUUAAGAACACUCUUAAAUGAUUUAGGUAAAUUACGACAGGAUAUGACCAACACUAAUUAUUUGGACUUAUGAAACACUUAAAUUGUAAAACAAAUAAUUGAGUACUAAUUAUAUUGUUUAUAAAAAAACAUACCUAUAGCUUA